UUUUUUUUUCGCCCUUCGAAACUUGCAAGCAUCUCAACAUCCUCCCCUUCUCUCUCUUUCUCUCUCACUGUUCGUUGAAUCGCUAGACGAAGGCUAGUAUCAGCUAUGGAAAGCUCGAAUAUCGAAUUGAAAUGGCUCGCAAGCCGCAUCAUCCUACCGAUAGCCUUAGUCUACAUAGCUUCGUUCCUCUACACCUUGGUGAAGGUUCGACUGCUCUUCUAUCGCCUCAAAAAGAAAGGAAUGCCCAUGCUACCCUGGAAUCCUGUCCUUGGAAAUCUUCCGGUUCUCGCAAGGUUCAUGAAGAAGGUUCCAAAGGAUGCCCAAGAAGCAAUGUCUUUUGCACUCCUUGCGUCCGAAUCCGGACUAGAUAAGUGUUUUUACAUGGAUACCUGGCCAUUCGGCUUCUCAACCCUGGUUGUAACCUCUCCAGACCUUGCUGUUCAAACCUGCCAAACCUAUGAUCUUCUCAAGCCAGACGCCCUUGCAGCAUUUAUAACUCCAAUGACUGGUGGACCAACGUUUUUUGACAGGAAUGGCGCAGAAUGGAAACGUGGAAGAGAUCUCUUUAGCCAUGGCUUUAGCAUGCGGUCAGUCAUGGGUUAUGUUCCGUAUAUCCUCCAGGAGGUGGAAGUGUACGUUGAUGUUCUUCGGGGCUUAGCAAAGACUGGGAAUACUUUUCUCUUGGAUGAGAUCACCUGCAGAUAUGUGAUGGAUAUCAUCGGAAAUGUCGCAAUGAACACGCGGUUUAUCAGCCAGCGACAAUUCCAUCCAAUCGCAGCUGCGAUGCGGGAUACGAUAGACCGGGAGUGUCAAAUUGAAACAGGAAAUCACUUCAGUCGUGUCAAUCCCGUGCGCCUAUUCAAGCAGUGGUAUAAUGGGCGGACAAUGGACCAUUAUAUUGGGAUCGAGCUCGAGAAGCGGUAUCAGGAAUGGAAGCAACAAAGCGCGACAAGCUCGUCUACAUCCAAGACUAUCAUGGAUCUCGUCAUCACAGAGUACAUGAAGACGAGACAAGUGGCAGGGCCAACGCUCAAUCCUGACUUUAAGGCCUGGGCCACUACCCAGAUUCGGCUGUUCCUCUUCGUCGGACAUGACUCCACCGCUGUGACUAUCAUGUACUGCUUUUACGUCCUAUCCAAGCACCCGGCCGCGUUAGCCAAAGUUCGCGCAGAACAUGACAAGAUAUUCGGCAUGGAUCUUUCCAACGCUUCCAAUCUACUCCGCCAACGCCCGGAACUGAUCAAUCAACUUCCAUACACACUGGCUGUCAUCAAGGAAACCCUCCGCCUCUUCCCCCCGGCAAAUGGGCUCCGAAACGGCCACUCCAACAUCUCUCUCCGUGACCCCGAAACGAGUACCACCUACCCAACAGACGGAUUUGCAAUAUGGAUUGUCCACAGUGCUAUUCAUCGCAACACCCAGACCUGGCCAGAUGCACACGCCUUUAUCCCUGACCGCUGGCUUGUUGACCCAGGUCAUCCCUUAUACCCACCACCCGGAGCCUGGAGGCCAUUCGAGCACGGAUUCCGAGACUGCAUUGGACAGACGCUAGCCCUCCUCGACAUUCGAGUCACGCUUCUAAUGACGGUUCGUGAGUUCGAUUUCAAGGACCAAUAUAUGGAAUGGGAUCGGAGGCAUCCGGCUCAUGGGUUGAAUACUAUUUUUGGGGAGCGUGCUUAUAUGAUUCAGGCAGGUUCGGGUCGGCCGGCUCAGGGAUUACCUUGUAAAGUAUUUCUUAGUAGAAGCUUCCAACCAGAAAAUGAGAAGGCGUAAGGGUAGGGGGGCCAGGCUUGAUUAUCUUCUAACAGUUCUGGCAAAUCGUCUUCCAGCGCAGCAAAUCUAGCCCUAAAUAUUGUAAUCUGCAAAGCAUUACACUUGAGGGAAAUCAA